AGGUGGUAUUUUUCUAAGAGAUUAGCCUCACAGACGUCGCAAGUCAAAGUUAGCAGCACUGACGGCUGAACGAGAAAUGCCAGUUGAAUGAUUGCGAGUAUUCAUGGAAAAGGGCAUUCAGUCGUUUGAAAUAUAAUGUGUGUUUAAUACUCCCAACAACGUUGUCAUCUGUCUACUGGAUCAAGAAAAGUGGGUCAGCUUUGAACACAACGUUAGCGAUAGCUUCCAGUCAUCUGAAUGCCAGCAUCCCCAGGGCUAGGCGAGGACGAGUUCUCCCAUUGCUUUCCCCAUGAGUAAUGAACCCUUUCUGGAGUAUGUCAGCAAAUACUGGUCGUAAGAGGUCGGACGGUGAGGAGCAAGGUGGGCAGGGAGAGCACAGAGCCAGCCCAGCACGGCCCCCGUUUGGUGGCAAGAAGCAGCUGCCCUCCAUCCCCAAGAACACAGCACCCGUCACCAAGCCCCCAUCCCCGGCCACGGCCGCACAGUCAGCCAAUGGCACGCACGCCUCCUACGGCCCCUUCUACCUGGAGUACUCGUUACUCGCCGAGUUCACGCUUGUGAUCAAGCAGAAGCUCCCAGGCAUUUAUGUCCAGCCUUCCUACAGAUCUGCCUUGAUGUGGUUUGGAGUCAUAUUUAUCCGACAUGGAUUGUAUCAAGAUGGCGUGUUUAAAUUCACCGUCUACAUCCCAGAUAACUAUCCUGAUGGAGAAUGCCCUAGGGUGGUGUUUGAUAUUCCAGUCUUCCAUCCACUAGUUGAUCCUGUAUCAGGGGAGCUUGAUGUUCGAAGAGCUUUCACGAAAUGGAGGCGCAAUCACAACCACAUUUGGCAGGUCCUGAUGUAUGCGCGCACAGUCUUCUAUAAGAUCAACACCAUGGAGCCUCUGAACCCGGAGGCCGCAGUCCUAUAUGACAAGGAUGUGCAGCUCUUCAAAAGCAAGGUGGUUGACAGCGUGAAGCUAUGCAACAGCCACCUGUUUGACCAGCCCAAGAUCGACGACCCUUACGCAAUAAGUUUCUCGCCAUGGAACCCAACGGUCCACGAGGAAGCGAAGGAGCGAAUGUUCACACACAAAAGACGGCCUGAGGAUCACCACAAAGGUCUCCAGGUGACCGGACUGUCGUGGGUGAAGCCUGGAUCCACACAGCCCUUCAGCAAGGAGGACAGCAGUCUUCAGACCUAGGACCAGAGGGGUAAACUUAGAAGCUGGUUUAGGAGUAAACCAGGUUAAGUUAAGAGGUAAAUCAUCUAAUGGAAGAGCCUGGAGUCCUCAUUUUCUUAAGAAUCUUAAGACUCCAGGCUCUUCUAUUAGUAAGAUGAUUUACCUCUUAACUUCACCUGGUUUACUCCUGAACCAGCUUCUUAGUAUAGGCCCCUGGAGCUGCGCGUUUCUCUUCAUCUGCCCACUCGAAGCAAUGACACGUGUGCGAGGGACCUUCAGCAGAGUUACCCUGGCCUGGGCUGCCUGGAACCCCCGUAUUUUUCUUCUCUUUUUUUUUGAAGCAAUUGUAUGGACUUCAUUCACAUUGGUGAAACGCUCUCGCUCUCGGCUUUAAAGAAAAAGAAGAAAUGACAUCAAAACAAAUGUACUUUAGGCAUCGGCUGUCUGACAACUGCUAUAGAAUUAAAAUGAGCACCUGCGUCCGCAUAUGUAGAUCAACUAUGACAAAACUGGAUGUCUUUGCAAACACCAAGGCUUCAAAGCAAUCAAAGCGCAAUAGAGCUUGUUCUUAGAGUACAUCUCUUUUCUUUGUUACUUGCACACGUUUUGGGUUGCACUUUUUGUUUUGUUUUUCCGUCACUAAUAACUUUUUGUUUUUAGAAGCAACAGAUCACCUCAUCUUCUGUGUAAGUGACCUGUGAGAUGCUCAUUCACCAAUGAACAUUUUUAAACGAAACAAAAAAAAUGGUGAACUUAGUUCAUCACAAAACACAUUAAGAAUGUUUUUGAAGGACUCAGGAUUGAGACGUCUUAGUAUGGCAGUUUGAACUCGGUGAGCUUAAAGCUUUUCAUUUGGUUUGUUUGCCCCCAUCCUCCCCCUUUUAUUGUCCAUAUUUGGUUGGAAUAUUCCCUGUAGCGUUACUUCGAAGUGGGACUUCAGUCUUCAUAAUUAUUAUUUUUUUUGUAUUGUUUUUAUUCAUCAUACUGUGUAAUGAGCUAUAUUGUGUAUUGAAUAGGUUUUAAUAUAUGACGCCGAUCAAGCAAACGAUUUUAAAAGACUAAGUUAUAUACGAUCAUCAUUUAUCAGUUCAUAUUGUAAUAAUUUUUCCUUUUAGGAUGCGUCUUGAUCUGUUUUGAGACGGUUGAAGGGUUUUUGAAUUGUAAAUAUAGCAGCGCUUAUGUGGAGGUGAGGAGACUGACCUCAUCUAGAGGUUGUAAUCCUGUCUGUAUUUAUACACAGCUGUACGAUUGGAAACCCUCUGGCCAGAAUAUGUGUUUUUGGUUUGGUUUGGUUUUGUUUUCGUUCUACACACUACAUUUUCGUUGAGCUUUUGUUUUCUUGCUCACCUGUUUUCCCCCUUCAUUUUGUGUUAUUUUUUUGUUGAAUUUAUGAACUGUUUAUGAAUGGCUGUGAAGAAGGGUUUUUUGAGUUUUUAAAAUGCUUUUCUCUGCAGCAAAUAAAAAACAUUUUAAGCCAA